UGUGGUCAGAUGCUCAGAUCAGAACAGAACUCACAACUCAGAAGUCAGAGAUUUCAGCAGAGCAGAUUCUAACAAAAGACUCAAGUAACAAAUUUAUUUUUUUAAAAAAUUGAAAGAUUGUUUCAGGUUUAUAACAGUUUGAAACGGCCUGAACGUUUACGUUGGUCUGAAAUGGCCUCACUGUUUGCAUGCCACACAAUCUUUUGGCAAAAAAUAUCCAACUACAAUACAGAGUAAGAUGCAUAGUUGCAUGUUCUAGGACGAAAAGUUUGGACUACUCAGAAAAUACGUUCUCUAAAAUUUACCUAGAUAUUCAAUCAUCAUGCUUAGUAUCAGAACAUGAAAAAGCUCUCUUCAAUAAAUUUAUCGACGAGGACAACAGCCAUCAAUUAUCGAGGAAUUUUGAAUAUAGUUACCAGUUUGAUCUGUCGUAAAUCAUAAAUGAGAUGUCUUACUCUGAGCUGGAGCAUGGCUAUCAGGGCUUGAAACGGUUGAAAGCCGAAGCCUUCUCGUCGCCGGACGAUGUUUGUAAGGAUGCUCACUUUUCAAAGGACGAUACCGACGAGGAAGGAAUGACAAGGAAACAGGUUGUAGUGGGCGUUUGCGCCAUGUCCAAAAAAUCCGAGUCCAGAGCUAUGAAGGAGAUCCUGACAAGGCUGCGUGAGUUCGAACACUUGAAGAUCAUUGUGUUCUCUGAAGAAAUUCUCGAGUUUCCCGUCGAGGAUUGGCCGUUGUGCGAUUGUUUGAUUUCGUUCCAUAGUGCUGGGUUCCCGUUGGAUAAAGCUAUCCAAUACACAGAGCUGCGAAAACCGUUUACGAUCAACGACCUGGAGCUGCAAUAUGAUAUUCAAGACAGAAGGAGAGUGUAUGCUUUGUUGGAGAAUGAGGGCAUCAAAAUUCCGAGGUACGCAGUUUUGGAUAGAGAUACACCAGAUUCCACGUUGGAUAAUUUGGUCGAGUAUGAAGAUCAUAUCGAGGUGAACGGUGUGGUUUUUAACAAGCCGUUUGUUGAAAAGCCGGUUUCAGCAGAGAACCACAACAUUUGCAUCUACUAUCCGACUUCGGCGGGAGGGGGGAGUCAGCAUCUAUUCAGGAAAGUGGGUAGUCGGAGUAGUGUGUACUCGCCAUCGUCCAUUGUCAGGAAGGUGGGCUCUUACAUUUACGAGGACUUUAUGCCGACUGACGGCACGGACGUGAAAGUGUACACAGUGGGGCCGGAUUACGCGCACGCCGAGGCUCGCAAAUCACCAGCACUCGACGGAAAAGUGGAACGGGACAGUGACGGCAAAGAAGUGCGCUUCCCCGUCAUACUCAGCAACGCCGAGAAACUUAUCUCGAGAAAAGUUUGUCUGGCGUUCAAGCAGACUGUGUGCGGCUUCGACUUGUUGCGCGCCAGUGGCAAGUCGUUUGUGUGCGAUGUCAAUGGAUUCAGUUUUGUGAAGAACUCUAACAAAUACUACGAUGACUGUGCCAAGGUUUUGGGCAACAUCAUACUGCGUGAACUAACCUCCCAGCUGCACAUUCCAUGGUCGAUUCCGUUCCAGUUGAACGACCCUCCCAUAGUACCGACCACCAUUGGCAAAAUGAUGGAGCUGCGAUGUGUGGUGGCUGUUAUCAGGCACGGCGAUCGCACCCCCAAACAAAAAAUGAAAGUCGAGGUCCGACAUCAGAGGUUUUUCGACAUAUUCACGAAAUACGGAGGUAAAUGUGUUGCAGGUGGCCAUGUUAAGCUGAAGAGACCGCAACAGUUGCAGGAAGUGCUGGAUACAGCUCGCUCGCUGCUCAGUGAUAUUGAGAACAAUUGUUCCGAGUCUCGCAUUGAAGAGAAACAAACAAAACUGGAGCAGUUGAAGAGUGUGCUGGAAAUGUAUGGUCACUUCUCAGGCAUCAACAGAAAAGUGCAAAUGAAGUACAAGUUGAAACCGCGUGACGAUUCCAGCGACGACGAUAGAAAUAGCGAUCCUUCACUACUGUUGAUACUGAAAUGGGGCGGUGAGUUGACUCCUGCCGGUCGCAUGCAGGCCGAGAAGUUGGGCAAAAUAUUUCGGUGCAUGUAUCCUGGUGGACAGGGCAAAUCGACUACUUUGUCGGGCGAGCAGGUCGGAGAGAAUCAAGGACUCGGACUUUUAAGAUUGCAUUCCACCUACAGACAUGAUUUGAAGAUUUAUGCUUCAGAUGAGGGCAGAGUUCAGAUGACUGCUGCUGCCUUCGCUAAGGGCCUGCUAGCUCUUGAAGGUCAACUCACGCCUAUUCUUGUUCAAAUGGUGAAGAGUGCCAACACCAACGGACUGCUCGACAACGAUUGUGAGGCCAGCAAACAUCAGAACCUUGCCAAACAGAAACUACACGAAGUUAUGCAAGUUGACAGAGAUUUCACCGAAGAAGACCUGCAAAAGUUGAAUCCUUGUAACUCUGUUAGUGUAGCUGUGGCACUAAAUUUCAUCAAGAACCCGGUCAAAUGCUGUCAACGUGUUCUUGAACUGAUACACAUACUGGUUGAAGUAAUACAUGAAAAAUGUUUAAACCCAAAUACUAGAGAUCUAACUCUGUAUCACGGCGAAACUUGGGAAUUGAUGGGGAGAAGAUGGGGAAAAAUUGUGAAAGAUUUCUUCUUCAAAAGUAAUAUGUUUGAUAUAUCUAAGAUACCGGAUAUCUAUGAUUGUAUAAAAUAUGACUUACAGCACAACCAAGCGGCAUUACAGUUUAAUCAGGCUGAAGAGCUGUACGUGACUGCCAAGCAUUUGGCGGAUGUAGUUGUGCCACAGGAAUAUGGUCUGACGAAACAGGAGAAAAUGAUGAUUGGUCAAGGCAUUUGUACACCGCUGUUGAGGAAGAUUCGCGCCGAUUUGCAGCGUAAUAUCGAAGAGAAUGAGGAUGAAACUGUUAACAGGUUGAAUCCUAUGUACUCGCGAGAUGUGUUGAACCCAGGGAGACACGUGAGGUCGAGACUGUAUUUUACUAGUGAAAGUCACAUACAUUCGUUGAUUAAUGUGUUGAGGUUUGGUGGCCUGGUCGAUAUGGAGAACGACGAGCAAUGGAAACGUGCCAUGGAUUAUAUCGGGGUGAUUCCUGAGCUAAACUACAUGUCUAGAGUUGUGAUUAUGUUGUACGAAGACCCCAAAAAGGACGUCACGUCAGAUGAGCGCUUCCAUGUUGAACUGCAUUUUGGGCCGGGUGUUAAUUGUUGUGUGAACAAGAGUUUACCGCCCGGUCCCGGGUUCCGACCUCAAACGAGUGAGAAACGGUUAGCCGUGCUUACUUCGACCUCGUUCAACGGAAAUAGUGAGCGAAUGGAGAUUUGCGACGACUUGAACGAGGCUGACUCGAAAAAUGGCAACCUCGCGGUCACUGAAGAGCUGUUCCAAUGUGAGAACAGCUGCGGCUAUGACAGCAUGUGGGAUUACUGCGCCAUGGAAGUGGACAAUACUGAUCCGAACAACCUAUUGAGUCCGAUUCAGAGAGACAUGAGCGACUAUUACAGAUCAGUUCAACUGCUGGAGAAAGACGGCAGCACCAACAGUCUGUUCUCAACAGCUGUGAUCAGUGGCUCGGCCAGCUCACCGCACCUAACCGAUCUCCAGUACUCGGCGUGUAUCGGCGCCGAACGGCUCCCAUCCAUCCGCCCGCUCGAAACACUGCACAACGCGCUCUCCCUCAAACAACUAGACUCGUUUCUCGAGAGAAUGACAACUGCCAUGUCUUACAAAACUGCAGCUGAUCCCGGUAAAUCACCGUACUCAAACAACCAACAACUUGGAUGACUACAGAAACCUCGCUUUUCGUAUGUUGAAUACGAUAGCGAAAGUGAUGAAUUCUAAACAAUCCAACAAACUUUUCCUGUGAUAUUUUGUGCUCAAAGAGUAUUUUAUUUGUUCGACGAUGAUAUUCUAGAAAAAAACUUGAAAUUUUCAAUUUAUACCUUUUUAAACGCUGCACUUAGAAUAAACUACUACAUUUCCAUUUUUGGGUGCACAUAUGUUUAAUCUUUAUCCUCACUGUGAUGCGAAAUGAUUGAUUCUAUUGUAUUUUAAAAUUUGAAUUAAACUAGCUGUAAAGCAAUGUCUGGUGUUAGUUUCAACCAUCUUACUAAAGUAUUUCUUAUUUGGAAACACCAGCAAAGGGUGUUAUAAGUAGUGUUCUCACUUUCGUGCGUAGAAAGAAUUGAUAAGUAGAUGAGAUAGAUAGGUAGAUAAAUGGAUAGAUAGAUAGAUAAAAAUGUAAUGACUUGUCUUAGAAUGUAGACUAAAGAUUCAGAUUUAUUAAAUUAAGUCCAAUGGCUAGUUAUUCGUUGAAAUCUGAGGCAUCAUAGUUUACGCAAUUCAGUAAAUUAGAAUUCCUGUUUCCAAGACAAUAUUUUUAUAAGGUUUACAUGUAGUAAAAAUUGUUCAGAUUUGAAAGAAUGCAAACUGCAAUGUAAAUGCUAUUAUUAAAAUAGGAAGGAAUUUUAAAGUUCUUAUUGUUAACAAUUUAGUAAGAUUUGCAUGGAACUAAAUUCAAGUUAUAAAACUGUUUGAAUGAAGAAAAUAAUUUAAUUAAUUGAACACUUAUCAGAAAAUUUGAAGAAUGCAAUUAGUCCAGUCAAGGAAAGGUUAUAGAGGGAAAAGUUGGGAAGACAAUUCUUGACCCCGCAGUUCUGUUUAGGGUUGUAAGGAUGUAAACAUAUCAAAAGUCCCCACCCCUACCCACUGUGCUAAGGGGGUGGGGGUGGUUUAAAUGUACAAUGUUUUGGUAUCUCGCAUAAAACUCAAAAGCCAUGUAUCUUGAGGACCUGGCUGUCAUAUAACAAAUAAAAGCUUACAUAAUUUCCUACAAUAUUCAUCCUACAAAUUUUUUCAUAUCUCCUCUAGUGUUCGAGAUAUCCGCUCUUGAAGGUGUGACAUUUUUGAAAAAACACGUUUGCCACCAAUUUUUUUCUAUUUUUACUCUUAUAACUUUUUGAGAAUCAAUGGGGAAAAUCCAUGCUGAUUAUGAGCUUAUAGAGCAUUAAAUUCUCUUCAAUUAUAUGUAUAAUUUCACUCCUUUACGAAUUUCCCUACACCUUUUGCAAUAGUUUUAGUGUUGAGUGUGAAAUCUGCACAGGGGGUAGGUGUGGGGACUUUUGAUAUGUUUACCUCCUUACUACCCUCAACCGAACUGUGGGGUCAAAAAUUGUCUUCCAAACAUUUCCCUCUAUACCCUUUUUUUGAGCAUUCAUCGCCUGGACUAAAUAGUACAAUGGAUAACAGUGACGCUCUUACAAUUAAUGCAAUUGUAAUGUAAACAUAUUAUAUAAUGAAAUAGAAACAUAAUAUAUUAUCUUCUCAUCUUGAAUAGUUUCAGUCACACAUAACACAAGUUAUAAUAUUAAAGUCCUGUUCAAGACUACAUAA